AUGAUUACCACUCAAAGUACCACCCAGAGUACUACCACCAAAAGAAGGAAUUCCAUCCAUACCAAUCUUUUCGACCCAAAACUUUACCAAGUGCCUCCUUUGCCUCAAGGCUACCAUAACUCGCCCAGUCCUUCACUGCUAGAUUACACUAUCCAGGAAGAGCCUCGAACUGCCCAACAUGAACAGAAAGUUAAGGGCAAGUUAGUGCUCUAUGUACCCGAAAACCUGAAAGCGCAUUUACCGGCAGUCAAUUUGAGAAUAACAUUGCUCUGUUGUGUGUGGUAUGUCACAUCUUCCAUCUCCAGUAAUCUUUCCAAGGCCAUAUUAAGCGAUUUCCCUCAUCCUGUUGCUCUCACAGAGCUGCAGUUUUUCAUCAGCGCCGCUCUCUGUGUGGUGUUUGUUACGCUAGCAAACUGGCUGAGCUCCGAGACCCACAAGGCUGGCACUAUGGCUCGGACUUUGCUUUCCUUCCCAGAGGGUAUUUUACCUAAUUAUUUGAAUGGUGAUUUCAAACUGUGUGUGCUGCGCAAGUUUUUAACUCCUUGCAAGCUGGCACUCGCAGCAACUUUCCCUAUGGGCAUAUUUCAACUAGUCGGACAUAUUAGCUCGCACGAAGCGACUUCCUUGAUACCCGUAUCCCUUGUUCAUUCAGUCAAGGCUUUGUCGCCAAUAAUGACCGUGUGCUACUACAGGUUUGUUAAAGGAAAACAAUACAGUUUAAUGACUUACUUCACUUUGAUACCCUUAAUAAGUGGGGUCAUUAUAACCUGCUGGUCAACCCAUGGACACAGAAAACCCAAUGAAUCCAUCAACGAACAUAGUUUUGUUAUGGGUCUUUUUUUCGCUCUAUUAUCCAUGGGGAUUUUUGUUUCUCAGAACAUCUUUGCGAAAGGGAUUCUUACGGUCAAGAAGCAACGUGGAAUCUUACCUUCUAAAGCGGAAAAGCAAAUGAUUCUCAACGAAAAAGACUACUCGCCUCUGCAGAUUGACAAACUCACAAUUUUGUUCUACUGUUCAUGUAUCGGCUUCAUCCUUACCUUGCCUAUAUUUAUCUCCAACGAGAUUUUCCAUAUGAAUUCUGCACACAAUGUCCAAAAAGAUCUCGGCGGGAGAGCGGUUUUGUUGGUGCUUAUUCAUGGUAUUACACAUUUCUUUCAAGCAAUGUUGGCCUUUCAGUUGAUAGGCAUGUUAUCUCCCGUAGAUUACUCCAUCGCAAAUAUCAUGAAGCGUAUCGUCAUUAUUGCCGUAGCGUUGACAUGGGAAUCGCACCUGUCUUGGAGACAAGUGUUCGGCUUAUCAAUGACGAUUUGGGGUCUCUAUGGUUACGACAAAUGGGGUCUAUCCAGAAAAUAA